AUGCUUCGGGUAUGGGUAACAAUUCUAUCGAUCGUGUGCGUCGCAAAUCCUGUAUAUGCUGCCAAAUGUCACUCAUGUUUGACUCAAUGCAGCACAAUCGACGGCUCUAAGGUUUCUCUUUCUCAAAAAUAACGUCAUAGAGGAAAAUUAACCAGGUGGACCCAGAAAAAUGUGACUGUCGGUCAGAAGAGAGGGACAUGUGCGAAGCAGACGCUUGCUUCGCCAAGGUUGAGAUUUUCCUUGAAGAGUCAACCGCUGUAGUUCAGGUGAGCGUUUAAACGCGAAGCUCUAAGAACCUUUGAAUUUUCAGAAAGGAUGCGUAUCUGAUCUACCGGGUGGCCAGAGAGGAUGUCACUACGCCAGCAACACAGACAGUAUUCAUUGUUAUUGCGACGAGGACAAGUGCAAUGACCGAAAAGGGGUUUGUAACGUCAGAAAGCUUCCAAAGAUCAAGAAAAGUUCCAGCUGAAAGACUAUAAGCCCAUUCGGCUUCCGAUGGUUCACUGCUGCUCUUGUUCUGAACGGAAUGGGGACCACUGCCCUAAAAAUAAAUGCGAUCGAACCUGCAAAGGACAUUACUGUGUUGUCGAUUUUGAUGGAGUCGAACAGGUUAUUAUUCUUUCCUUUAUUUAAAGUUUUCGUUUUCCCUUCAGGGCUGUGGCCUGGGACUUCCACGACUUCCUCUAUUCUUGAGGACUCAAACCUAUCCUGAAUCUUCUGGCGAUUCAAUUUGUGCAAGGUUUAUCUGAAAACCGUUUUGAAAGUGUUUUUUGUUUUAUUUCUAGAUAUGAAACUUCAAAAUCUCAAACAAUGAGUGGCUGCAUCUGUUCCGACCCGAAAGGGCCUUGUAACACCUACGCAAAGAUUCAUCACAUUCAGGUAGAACUAAUUUUUUUUUUGGUUGAAUUGACAUGAUAUAAAGGAGACCAAAGUGAUACCCGCAUCGGCUGGAGCACAGCCAACCUAUUGCUACAGUCUACGAAGACAAUCUUCCAGGCGGUUUGGCGAAGAAGUUUAUAAAGAGUUGGUUUUAUUUCCAUGAGAUUUGGUCUUCUAAAUCGCCAACUUUACCGCUAGCUUUUUUCAGCUCCACAACUUGUGAAGGUCAUUACUGCUUCGUCUCUCUGACGACUUCAGAAUUGGUCCUUGAAAGUGUCGAUUUCCGACACAACAUUGAAGACCACAAGUCUUUCAUUGGAGUUGCUCGUCCUAACUUCAUCAUUCAAGCUGGUUGUCUCAAUGUCGACGAUCCACAGGUCAUUUUCCUCCAGCUGAUAACGUCAUUUUACAGUGAACUUUUUCAGAAGGUCACGUUGGGCUGCACAAUUGAAAAAACUGGCAGCAACUCGGAAGAAAUAUCUCGACAUUGUGUAUGCAGCGGCUCACUUUGCAACUUCCAUCAUCUGCUCACCAACACCACAGAUCUUCGACCAAAGGCCAAUCAACAGCAGCAGGUUUUUGAUAAUCACAUUAAUUAUCAAGAUAAAAGAAACAUUCCUUAGGAAUCAUUUGAGCGAGAUCUGAACUCGGCUCCUAAACGAAUCCGUGUGGAGAACGCACACGCCUCGACGGUCAUCGACACGAAUUCUACAAAAACUGUCAAAUCUGCAAUUUCCUCAAGCUUUUUGUUUACCUACUCUGUUAUCUUGUUGGUGAUUCUCUUCAAUCACUAA